AACCUGCAUCGCUCCAACAUGGCUUCGCGGUUGUACAGCAUCUCUGCGGCGGCGCAGCGUCUGCUGCGGAGCUCCAGGGCCCGCGCCAGGGACACUACCGCUGCAGCGCGCUUCUAUUCCAAGGACAAUGAAGGCAGCUGGUUCCGCUCACUCUUUGUCCACAAGGUGGAUCCACGGAAGGAUGCCCACUCCACCCUGCUGUCCAAGAAGGAGACCAGCAACCUGUACAAAAUCCAGUUUCACAAUGUGAAGCCCGAGUGUCUGGAUGCCUACAACAGUCUGACGGAGGCUGUACUGCCCAAGCUGCACCUGGAUGAGGACUACCCAUGCUCACUGGUGGGCAACUGGAAUACAUGGUACGGGGAGCAGGACCAGGCAGUGCACCUGUGGCGGUUCUCUGGCGGCUACCCAGCCCUUAUGGACUGUAUGAACAAGCUCAAAAACAACAAGGAGUACCUGGAGUUCCGGAAGGAGCGGAGCCACAUGCUGCAGUCCCGGAGAAACCAGUUACUCUUGGAGUUUAGUUUCUGGAAUGAGCCACAACCCCGCACUGGUCCCAAUAUCUACGAGCUGAGGACAUACAAGCUCAAGCCAGGAACCAUGAUCGAGUGGGGGAACAAUUGGGCCCGGGCAAUCAAGUACCGGCAGGAGAACCAGGAGGCAGUGGGUGGCUUCUUCUCACAGAUUGGAGAGCUCUACGUUGUGCACCAUCUCUGGGCCUAUAAAGACCUGCAGUCUCGGGAGGAGACUCGAAAUGCUGCCUGGAGGAAGAGGGGCUGGGAUGAGAACGUCUACUACACAGUCCCCUUGGUACGGCACAUGGAAUCUCGCAUCAUGAUCCCCUUGAAGAUCUCGCCUCUCCAGUGAUGCUGCGUCUGCCUCUUCC